AUGUUGUCUGCUCGCAGUAUUGUUCAGAGACCAGUGACUCGUGGGUUGGCUACUGUGUCUAAAUUGACUAGAGACUCUAAGGUCCACCAAAAUUUGUUGGAGGAUCAUUCAUUUAUCAACUAUAAGCAAAAUGUUGAAUACGUCGACAUCGUAAGAAAGAGAUUGGGUAGACCAUUGACGUACGCUGAAAAGAUUUUGUACGGUCACUUGGACGAUCCUCACAAUCAGGAAAUUGAGAGAGGUAUCAGCUACUUGAAGUUGAGACCAGACCGUGUUGCAUGUCAGGAUGCUACUGCUCAAAUGGCUAUUUUGCAAUUUAUGUCUGCAGGUUUGCCACAGGUUGCCAGACCAGUUACUGUGCACUGUGAUCACUUGAUUCAAGCGCAAGUUGGUGGUGAGAAGGAUUUAAAAAGAGCUAUUGACAUCAACAAGGAAGUUUACGAUUUCUUGGCCACUGCCACUGCCAAGUACAACAUGGGUUUCUGGGGUCCAGGAUCCGGUAUUAUUCACCAAAUUGUACUAGAGAACUACGCAUCCCCUGGUGCCUUGAUCAUUGGUACUGAUUCGCAUACUCCAAACGCUGGUGGUUUGGGUCAAUUAGCUAUCGGUGUGGGUGGUGCUGACGCCGUUGAUGUUAUGUCGAACUUGCCUUGGGAAUUGAAGGCACCAAAGAUUUUGGGUGUCAAAUUGACCGGUAAGAUGAACGGUUGGACGUCUCCAAAGGAUAUCAUCCUAAAGUUGGCUGGUAUCACUACCGUCAAAGGUGGUACCGGUAAGAUUGUCGAAUAUUUCGGUGAUGGUGUUGACACUUUCUCUGCCACUGGUAUGGGUACCAUCUGUAAUAUGGGUGCUGAAAUUGGUGCUACUACAUCUGUUUUCCCAUUCAAUAAAUCCAUGGUUGAGUACUUACACGCUACUCGUCGUGGUGACAUCGCUGAUUUUGCAGAACUAUACCACAAGGAUUUGUUGUGCGCUGAUAAGGGUGCUGAGUAUGAUGAAGUCAUUGAGAUUGACUUGAACACUUUGGAACCAUACAUCAACGGUCCAUUCACUCCAGAUUUGGCCACUCCAAUCUCCAAGAUGAAGGAAGUUGCCGUUAAGAACAACUGGCCAUUGGAGGUUAAAGUUGGUUUGAUCGGUUCCUGUACCAACUCUUCUUACGAAGAUAUGUCCCGUGCUGCCUCUAUCGUUAAGGAUGCUGCCUCUCACGGUCUAAAGUCCAAGUCUAUCUUCACUGUGACUCCAGGUUCUGAACAAAUUAGAGCUACCAUUGCCCGUGAUGGUCAAUUGGAAACCUUCAAGGAAUUCGGUGGUAUCGUUUUGGCCAACGCCUGUGGUCCAUGCAUUGGUCAAUGGGACCGUAGAGACAUCAAGAAGGGUGACAAGAACACUAUUGUUUCCUCUUACAACAGAAACUUCACUUCCAGAAAUGACGGUAACCCAGAAACUCACUCCUUUGUUGCUUCUCCAGAAAUUGUCACCGCUUUCGCCAUUGCUGGUGACUUGAGAUUCAACCCUCUAUCCGACAAGUUGAAGGACAAGGACGGUAACGAAUUUAUGUUGAAGCCUCCUACUGGCGUUGGUUUGCCUGUCAAGGGUUACGAUCCAGGUCAAGACACUUACCAAGCUCCACCCGCUGAUCGUAGCACUGUCACUGUUAAGGUUUCUCCAACUUCUGAUCGUUUACAGUUGCUAAAGCCAUUCGAUGCUUGGGAUGGUAAGGACCCAACUAACAUGCCAAUUCUAAUCAAGUCGUUGGGUAAGACUACAACUGACCAUAUCUCUAUGGCUGGUCCAUGGUUGAAGUACCGUGGUCACUUGGAAAACAUUUCCAACAACUACAUGAUUGGUGCCAUUAACGCCGAGAACAAGAAGGCCAAUUGUGUCAAGAAUCACUACACUGGUGAAUAUGCUGGUGUUCCAGACACUGCGAGAGCCUACAGAGACAAGGGUAUCAGAUGGGUUGUCAUUGGUGGUGAGAACUUUGGUGAAGGUUCUUCCCGUGAGCACGCCGCUUUGGAACCUAGAUUCUUGGGUGGUUACGCCAUCAUUACCAAGUCUUUUGCUCGUAUCCACGAAACUAACUUGAAGAAGCAAGGUAUGUUACCAUUGACAUUUGCCAACCCUGAGGCCUACGAUAAGAUCAACCCAGAUGAUACCGUUGACAUCAUUGGAUUGACUGAAUUUGCCCCAGGCAAGCCUUUGACCUUGAGAAUUCACACCAAAGAUGGUAAGGCAUGGGACACUCCAUUAAACCACACCUACAAUGCUGAACAAAUCGAAUGGUUCAAGGCUGGUUCUGCUUUGAACAAGUUGGCUAAGAGCCACCACGCCUAA